AUUUGAGUCUCAAAUUGUCAUACUUAAUAUUCUGAGACGUCACUGUUGUAUAACUUUUAAAUACAAUGGCGUUUAUUUCCUGAACUGAGAGUGACGAUGCAUUCAGUGUAUUUAAAAAGCUUUCUUGUAACAUAUUGCAUAAGUGUGUAACAACAGUGGUGCUAGUUUGUGCUAAGGCUUAGGCUAUUUGGUUUUGGAACAUCAUACAUCUUAUCUAAUAAACCAGACACACACACACCCUUCAGGGAGGGGGGGGGGCACAGUGUAACGAUUUGUCAAACAGACGAGCGUUGCGGUGUAACGGCGAAGAGAAGAGUUAUCGUAUGCUCCAAUGUUUUUAUUUCUUCUGUUGCCUCAGCUAGUUUUAUGCUAUAGCUCUGUGCUUCAGGACUCAGACAGCUCCUUGAACAUUUCUGCACCUGUGUCCAACAUGACUGUGGAUUGGGUAGGUUAUGGAUACGCAGCUCUCAUCGCUUCUGGAGGAGCCAUUGGUUAUGUGAAAGCAGGCAGUGUCCCGUCCCUUGCUGCUGGUCUUCUCUUUGGUGGUCUCGCUGGUUUAGGUGCCUACCAAAUCUCCAAUGACCCCAAAAACAUUUGGGUGUCCCUGGCGACAUCUGGAGCUCUGACUGGAGUCAUGGGAAAGAGGUUCUAUGGAUCCAGGAAGUUCAUGCCAGCUGGCUUGAUGGCUGGAGCAAGUCUUCUGAUGGUGGGAAAGCUAAGUCUCGCAUUGCUCCAGAAGCCCCAGGAGUCCUGAUGGAGGGAAGAAUCGAACGUGUUCUCCAGCCCAAUGUCUGAGGAGUGGCCUGUCAGCGUUUGUCAUUUACUGUUGAAUAUUGAAUAUUAUUUUGCAAAUGAUGCAGUAGUGUUUAUUUGAAGAUGAAAUACAAUACCAUGUUUAUAUAAUAAUAA